CUCUUGUUCUAUUAUUACCUGCAUUGCAUUGUAAGUAUAUAUUUCAGAAGUAUUAUUAGUAUUUGGAGGAAAAUUACACGUGUUAUUUAGAGAAGUUACUUGGGAAAUUGCACCAUACGUUACUAACUGCAUUAUGAAGAGCUAUCAAAUCUUGCUAAAACAGUCCACUCAUAAACGUGAAAUAGGACUACUGUGUAUUUGUUUUCAUAUGUUACAUGUGUGACAACAUGUGUUAGAGAUUCAGGCAGACCGAACAGGUAGUUCACUUAAGAGAAGACGAUGGAAUGAAAAAGCUCUUUGUCAGCCUGAUAUAUUAGUUCGUGUCUGAUUCAACAAACUGAUUCAACAAAUUCGAUGUUAGCAUCUCAGUUUUUACUGGUUCGUUUUUCUUUAACACGAGCUCACCAUUUUUAUCACGUUAAUCUUACCCAACGCAAAUAUAUCGUUCAGAUGCUGUAACUGAGCACAGUGUUUCUCUGAAUACAAGUUGUAUCGAUAUAUAACGACGACAUUUAUUUCCAACUAUAGGAAUUUUGUGACAUAAGUUCCGAGACUUUUCUGUCUGACUUCGUGAUCUGUGCAGACCGCUGCAGCCACAGACACAGGGACACGGGGACACAGACACAGGGACACGGGGACACAGACACAGGGCAUGACGAGGAGGACGUGAAGUCCACGAGCACAGAGUUACGACAGACAGAAAUACAAAUAUCAAACUCGGGACUGCAGCAGUAAUGGAUCUAUUCAAGCAACAGAAAGUGGAAGAUUUCUAUGAAAUUGGUGAAGAGCUUGGCAGUGGGCAGUUUGCCAUUGUGAAGCAAUGUCGAGAGAAAACUACAGGUUUGGAAUUUGCUGCCAAGUUUAUCAAAAAACGGCAGAGCAUGGCCAGCUCUCGUGGAGUGCGGCGAGAGGAAAUAGAGCGAGAGGUAAACAUCCUCCAGCAGAUUCAGCACCCCAACAUCGUCAUGCUGCACGACGUUUAUGAGAACCGCACUGAUGUGGUGCUUAUCCUGGAGCUAGUCUCUGGUGGUGAGCUGUUUGAUUUCCUGGCCCAGAAGGAGUCUCUGAGUGAGGAGGAGGCUACUCAGUUCAUCAAGCAAAUCCUUGAGGGGGUGAACUACCUUCACGCCAGAAAGAUAGCCCACUUUGAUCUUAAGCCUGAAAACAUAAUGCUUUUGGAUAAGAACACGCCCUUGCCAAGAAUAAAACUGAUUGAUUUUGGUCUUGCCCAUAAGAUUGAAGCUGGAGCUGAGUUCAAGAACAUCUUUGGAACUCCUGAGUUUGUAGCUCCAGAGAUUGUCAACUAUGAGCCCCUUGGAUUGGAAGCAGACAUGUGGAGCAUUGGUGUCAUCACUUACAUUCUGCUGAGUGGUGCCUCUCCUUUCCUGGGGGACACGAAACAGGACACACUGGGGAACAUUUCAGCCAUAAAUUAUGAGUUUGAUGAAGAGUUCUUCUGUCACACCAGUAAGCUGGCCAAGAACUUCAUCAGCCAGCUACUCGAGAAAGAUAAGAAGAAAAGAUUAACAAUUCAAGAUGCCCUCAAUCACCCAUGGAUCAAGUCCAAUGAGAACAAGGAAGAAAAUAAAGCCAGGGGGCCAAAGAAAAGUGAGCGGCGCCAGUUAAAGACCAAGCGCCUGAGGGAGUACACUAUCAAGUCCCACUCAAGCAUGCCACCCAACAACACCUACGUGAACUUUGAGCGCUUUGCCCAGGUUGUGGAGGACAUUGACCAGAUGGAGAGCUCGUUCAUUAGCCUGACAGCAGCCCACGACUCUCUGCAGGAAAAUAUAGAUGCCAUGGUCUCUAUUUAUAAUGAAAAGGAAGCCUGCUACAAGGAGGAGAAUGAGGCCAUGCGCCACGAGCUCUCACAAAUCCGCUACGAGUUCCGUAAGGUGGAGGCCUUGAAAAGGAGCCUGCAGGAUGACAUCCAAGCCUUCAGCUGCAGCCUCGGCGCCAUCAGCAACCGCUUCCAGGAGAGACAGAGCCGGUUUGAUGCCCUGGCCCUGGAACUAAGCAACGAGGUGAAGUGGGUACAGGAGGUCAUGGGGUCAUUUCAUACAGGUGAAGGUAGAAGAUACCCCAACUGCAGCUUCUCCUCAGCUUUCAACAACGUGAAUGAAACUCUGAAAGAGCUUUUAAACCGAUCCUGUGAAGGAGAACUGCUCUCUGGGAUCAACCUGGACUUUAGUGAAACUGGACAACAAAAAUGAUUUAAAAUACUAAAUCACAUAGAAAACAUUUAAAAGCAGCUAGCAGGAUUGUACUGUAGCAUGCCCAAAUAUUUAUUACACAAAGAUAUAGACACACUAAACUGUUUGUUUUAUAUGUAAAUAACAGAUUGCAUACUUCCAUACUGAAACUUUUUUUCAUAUGAACAAAAUCUUCUGUUCUAAAAUACUAUUAAAUGUUAAGCAAAGGCCUCGCUGUAACAAUCAACAUUCAUUUGUUGUGCUGUAUGUUGGAAAUAAGUACAGAGAUUUUUUAAAAAUGCCUUUUCUACUUGUUGUUUCUCAUUAAGUCUAAAAGAAAGAUUUGCUAUUUUGUUAUUCUGCCUUAACACACUGCCUGGCAAAAAAGUCGCCACCAAAUUAAAAGGUCACACACUCUAAUAUUUCGUUGGUCCGCCUUCAGCUUUGGGGCAUUCACUGUGGCAUUGUUUCAGUAAGCUUCUGCAAUGUCAGAGGAUUUAUUUCCAUCCAGUGUUGCAUUAAUUUUUCACCAAGAUCUUGAAUUGAUGAUGGUAGAGUCUGACCACUGUGCAAAGCCUUCUCCAGCACAGCCCAAAGAUUCUCAAUGGGGUUAAGGUCUGGACUCUAUGGUGGCCAAUCCAUGUGUGAAAAUGAUGUCUCAUGCUUACAGAACCACUAAUUCACAAUUUGAGCCCGAUGAAUCCUGGCACUGUCAUCUCGGAAUAGGCCCAUGCCAUCAGGAGAGAAAAAACCCAUUCAUGGAAUAACCUGGUCAUUCAGUAUAGUCAGGUUGAUUCAAAGAUUCAAAGUGUUUAUUGUCAUGUGUCAGGAGGGAAAAGGCAUUUCUCUGUGCAAUGAAAUUCUUUCUUUGCUGUCCACCCACAGAUACAGAUUAAUAUAUACAAUAGAAAUAGAACAUAUAGCUGGUCAGUGUGCUCUCCACACUGAGGUCAACUGCCCCCACAUUCUUGGAGCACAUACUGUUGCUGAACCUAGACCCAACCAACUGCAGCAACCCCAGAUCAUAGCACUGCCCCCACAGGCUUGUACAGUAGGCACUAGGCAUGAUGGGUGCAUCACUUCAUCUGCCUCUCUUCUUACCCUGAUGCGCCCAUCACUCUGCAACAGGGUAAAUCUGGACUCAUCAGACCACAUAACCUUCUUCCAUUGCUCCAGAGUCCAAUCUUUAUGCUCCCUAGCAAACUGAAGCCUUUUUUUUCCGGUUUGCCUCACUGCUUAGUGAUUUUUUUUACGGCUACGCAGCUGUUCAGUCCCAAUCCUUUCACUUCCCUUCAUAUUGUGUGUGUGGAAAUGCUCUUACUUUCACUUCUUGAUGCAUUCUCAAUCAUCCAGGAAAGUAAAUCUCCAAAAGUUGAAUCUGUUCAUC